UUGUCUUCGCCUCUAGGAAGCGGAAGUGCAGGGGCAGCUGGCAAGUGGGUUAUUGCUUUGAGAAACCGGCUUGUGAGGAGCGGCGGGAAAGGCGCGUGUCGGCUUCUCACUGGCGCAGCCUCCCUGGCGAUCGCCGCUGCCCCGCCCUGCCCAGGCGUCGUCGCAAGCACCGGAGUGGACGAAGUGCGGCUCGGGCAUGUGCAGCCGGGGGGAUGCGAACGCUGCGGAUGCUGCGGCUGCGCGGCGGGUGACAGGGCUCUGUUACAACAUGGGACUCCUGAUUGCACUGGCCUUACUGUGCCUGUUUUCCUUAGCAGAAGCCAAUUCAAAAGCCAUUACAACCUCUCUUACCACAAAGUGGUUUUCUGCUCCACUGCUGCUGGAAGCCAGUGAGUUCUUAGCAGAAGACAGUCAAGAGAAAUUUUGGAGUUUUGUAGAAGCCAGUCAAAACAUUGGAUCAUCAGAUCAUCACGAUACUGAGCAUUCCUAUUAUGAUGCCAUAUUGGAAGCUGCAUUUCAGUUCCUGUCACCUCUGCAGCAGCAUUUGUUGAAGUUUUGUCUCUCUCUCCGUUCCUACUCAGCCUCAAUUCAAGCCUUCCAGCAGAUAGCAGUUGACGAGCCUCCCCCAGAAGGAUGCAAGUCAUUUCUCUCAGUGCAUGGAAAGCAGACUUGUGAUUUAGACACUCUUGAGAGCCUGCUGCUGACUGCACCCGACAGACCUAAACCUUUAUUGUUCAAAGGAGAUCACAGAUAUCCCUCAUCAAAUCCUGAAAGUCCAGUGGUCAUUUUUUAUUCUGAGAUUGGCCAUGAAGAAUUUUCUAAUAUUCACCACCAACUUAUAUCAAAAAGCAACGAAGGCAAAAUUAAUUACGUAUUCCGACAUUAUAUAUCUAAUCCCAGGAAGGAGCCAGUUCACCUUUCUGGCUAUGGUGUGGAACUGGCGAUUAAGAGCACGGAGUACAAGGCCAAGGAUGAUACUCAGGUGAAAGGAACUGAGGUAAAUGCCACAGUCAUCGGGGAGAGCGAUCCUAUUGAUGAAGUUCAGGGAUUCCUCUUUGGAAAAUUAAGAGAACUGUACCCCACCUUGGAAGGACAGUUGAAAGAGUUCCGGAAGCACCUUGUGGAGAGCACCAAUGAGAUGGCCCCCCUGAAAGUCUGGCAGCUGCAAGAUCUCAGUUUCCAGACUGCUGCCCGCAUCUUGGCUGCUCCUGGAGCGUUAGCUCUGGUGGUGAUGAAGGACAUUAGUCAGAACUUUCCUACCAAAGCCAGAGCAAUAACAAAAACGGCUGUGAGCGCACAGCUUAGAGCGGAAGUGGAAGAGAACCAGAAGUAUUUCAAGGGAACUAUAGGAUUACAGCCCGGAGACUCAGCUCUCUUCAUCAAUGGACUUCAUAUUGAUUUAGACACCCAGGAUAUAUUCAGUCUAUUUGAUACAUUGAGGAAUGAAGCCCGGGUAAUGGAGGGUCUGCACAGACUAGGAAUAGAAGGCCUUUCUCUACAUAAUAUUUUGAAGCUGAACAUCCAGCCUUCUGAAACUGACUAUGCAGUGGACAUCAGGAGUCCUGCUAUUUCCUGGGUCAACAACCUAGAGGUCGAUAGCCGAUAUAACUCAUGGCCUUCAAGCUUACAAGAGUUACUUCGCCCCACGUUUCCUGGUGUUAUCAGGCAGAUCAGAAAGAACCUGCAUAACAUGGUCUUCAUUGUUGAUCCUGUCCAUGAGAACACAGCUGAGUUGCUGAGUGUCGCGGAGAUGUUCCUCAGCAAUCACAUACCACUGAGGAUUGGUUUUAUCUUUGUGGUCAAUGAUUCUGAAGAUGUUGAUGGGAUGCAAGAUGCUGGAGUCGCUGUUCUGAGAGCGUAUAAUUAUGUAGUUCAGGAAGUGGAUGGCUACCAUGCCUUUCAGACUCUCACACAUAUCUAUAACAAGGUGAGGACUGGAGAAAAAGUGAAUGUUGAGCACGUGGUCAGUGUCUUGGAGAAGAAGUACCCAUAUGUCGAAGUGAAUAGCAUACUGGGGAUUGAUUCUGCUUACGAUCAGAAUCGGAAGGAAGCAAGAGAAUACUAUGAGCAGACUGGAGUAGGCCCCCUGCCUGUUGUCUUGUUCAAUGGAAUGCCCUUUGAAAAGGAGCAGUUAGACCCCGAUGAGCUGGAAACCAUCACAAUGCACAAGAUCUUGGAGACAACCACUUUCUUCCAAAGAGCUGUGUACUUGGGUGAACUGUCACAUGAUCAAGAUGUGGUAGAGUACAUCAUGAAUCAGCCGAGUGUUGUUCCAAGAAUCAACUCUAGGAUUUUGACAGCUAAGCGAGAGUAUCUGGAUCUAACCGCAAGCAAUAAUUUUUAUGUGGAUGAUUUUGCCAGAUUUUCUACUUUGGACUCUCGGGGCAAGACUGCUGCUAUUGCCAACAGUAUGAACUAUCUGACAAAAAAAGGAAUGUCCUCCAAGGAAAUCUAUGAUGACUCCUUUAUUAGGCCAGUGACUUUUUGGAUCGUUGGAGAUUUUGAUAGCCCUUCUGGGCGGCAGCUACUAUAUGAUGCCAUUAAACAUCAGAAAACCAGUAACAAUGUUAGGAUAAGUAUGAUCAACAAUCCGAGCCAAGAGAUCAGUGAGUCAAGCACUCCCAUCUUCAGAGCCAUCUGGGCAGCUCUCCAGACACAGGCUUCCAACUCCGCUAAGAACUUCAUUGCCAAGAUGGCCAAAGAGGAGACGGCAGAGGCCCUGGCCGCAGGCGUGGACAUCAGCGAAUUCUCUGUCGGGGGCAUGGAUGUCAGUCUUUUUAAAGAGGUCUUUGAGUCUUCCAGAAUGGAUUUCAUUUUGUCUCAUGCCCUGUACUGCAGGGAUGUUCUGAAGCUGAAGAAGGGACAGCGAGUGGUGAUCAGCAACGGAAGGAUUAUUGGGCCACUGGAGGACAAUGAGCUCUUCAACCAAGAUGAUUUCCACCUCCUGGAAAAUAUCAUCCUGAAAACAUCGGGACAGAAAAUAAAAUCUCAUAUCCAACAGCUUCAUGUAGAAGAAGAUGUGGCCAGUGAUUUGGUAAUGAAGGUGGAUGCUCUCCUGUCAGCGCAACCCAAAGGAGAGGCAAGGAUCGAGUACCAAUUCUUUGAAGAUAAACACAGUGCAAUUAAACUGAAACCCAAAGAAGGGGAGACAUACUAUGAUGUGGUAGCUGUUGUUGACCCUGUCACAAGAGAAGCACAGAGGCUCGCCCCUCUGCUCUUGGUUUUGACUCAGCUGAUAAAUAUGAAUCUAAGAGUGUUUAUGAAUUGCCAGUCCAAGCUUUCUGACAUGCCUUUAAAAAGCUUUUACCGUUAUGUCUUAGAGCCAGAGAUUUCUUUCACUGCAGACAACAGCUUUGCUAAGGGACCAAUAGCAAAGUUUCUGGAUAUGCCACAGUCUCCGCUGUUUACUUUGAAUUUGAACACACCUGAGAGUUGGAUGGUAGAAUCUGUCAGAACACCAUAUGAUCUGGAUAAUAUUUAUCUGGAAGAGGUGGACAGUAUAGUGGCUGCUGAGUAUGAGCUGGAAUAUCUGUUAUUAGAAGGUCAUUGUUAUGACAUCACCACAGGCCAGCCCCCUCGAGGACUACAGUUCACUUUAGGAACUUCAGCCAACCCAACAAUUGUGGACACAAUCGUGAUGGCCAAUCUGGGAUAUUUUCAGCUCAAAGCCAAUCCGGGAGCCUGGAUUCUGAGACUGAGAAAGGGACGCUCAGAUGACAUUUAUAGGAUCUACAGCCAUGAUGGUACAGAUUCCCCUCCUGAUGCAAAUGACGUUGUUGUCAUCCUCAAUAACUUCAAGAGCAAGAUCAUCAAAGUGAAGGUUCAAAAGAAGGCAGACAUGGCUAAUGAAGACUUGCUGAGUGACGGGACAAAUGAGAACGAGUCCGGAUUCUGGGACUCAUUCAAGUGGGGCUUCUCAGGACAGAAGACUGAAGAAGUGAAGCAAGAUAAAGAUGACAUAAUCAAUAUUUUCUCUGUUGCAUCUGGUCAUCUCUAUGAAAGGUUUCUUCGCAUCAUGAUGCUAUCAGUCCUGAAGAAUACCAAAACUCCUGUGAAAUUCUGGUUCUUGAAGAAUUAUUUGUCCCCCACAUUUAAGGAGUUUAUACCUUACAUGGCCAAAAAAUACAAUUUCCAGUAUGAGCUUGUUCAGUACAAAUGGCCACGGUGGCUUCACCAGCAGACGGAGAAGCAGCGAAUCAUCUGGGGCUACAAGAUCCUUUUCCUGGAUGUGCUUUUCCCACUGGUUGUUGACAAAUUCCUCUUUGUGGAUGCUGAUCAGAUUGUACGGACAGAUCUGAAGGAGCUAAGAGAUUUUAAUUUGGAUGGUGCGCCUUACGGUUACACGCCCUUCUGUGACAGUAGGAGAGAAAUGGAUGGCUACCGCUUCUGGAAGUCAGGGUACUGGGCCAGCCAUUUGGCUGGACGAAAGUAUCACAUCAGUGCGCUGUAUGUCGUGGAUCUGAAGAAGUUUAGGAAAAUAGCUGCUGGUGACAGACUCAGGGGGCAGUACCAAGGUCUGAGUCAGGACCCCAACAGUCUUUCAAAUCUCGAUCAAGAUCUGCCCAAUAACAUGAUCCAUCAGGUGCCGAUCAAAUCACUCCCUCAGGAAUGGCUCUGGUGUGAGACAUGGUGUGAUGAUGCCUCGAAGAAGCGGGCCAAGACCAUCGACCUGUGUAAUAAUCCCAUGACUAAGGAGCCCAAACUGGAGGCUGCUGUGCGGAUCGUCCCUGAGUGGCAAGACUACGACCAGGAGAUCAAGCAGCUGCAGACCCUCUUCCAAGAGGAAAAGGAGCUGGGGACCCUGCACAAAGAGGAGACACAGGAAGGGUCUCAGAAGCAUGAAGAAUUAUGAUCUCUGGAGGAAGAUGGGAAACCCACCUUGACAGUUUUGUACUAAAUGCUGUUUUCUCUGAUCUGUCGAUACAACUGCUGAUGAACUGAUUGGGCAGGUGUACCACACCUAUUGAUCUGAGCAUUUGAUUUAGACUACUGCACCCUAGUGGGUGCUAGAUCCUUGGGGCUAAGGCUCUGUUGGAUUUGUACCUCAGAGGAAGACAAGUGGCUGGUCUUCUGGAACUCCUCUUCUCACCAGAGGGAGAAAUGCUGGCAGCAACUGCAAGAAGCCCAGUCCUUCAGUGCCCACAUCCCAGAGCACACAUUGCUGUGCUGGCCCAGAAGCUGGGCAGAAAGGUCACCAUGUUCUUCCUUACCUCAGUUUACCUGCAGCCCCUGCUGCAGUGCAGAUGCCCACCCUGCACCAGGCCAGGCCGGCAGGUGCUUCAGCCAUGCCUCAAGGUCUACACCAACAUGCUUCUCACAUCUCCUUCCCCCCUUCCCGAGCAUUAGGCUCAUUGUUUAAUUGAACCCAACCAAUAAUCAUGUGUCUUCAGGGUUGGCUCAGUGCAGUUGCUACACAAAUCAGUCUUCAGGAGAACCGGGGUGGUGUAGAUAGGGUGGGAAAUCGGCAGGUGGCGCAAAGUGUUAGGGUGUUCAAGGGAAGACAAAAAUAUUGGCCAUUCUCUUCAGUCCACCGUGGCUGAAUUCAAAGGAAGCUUUAUUCUGUUCCCAGUGAACUUUCUAGAUAAUUGUUUUGUAAACAACUUUUAUAUUUAUGAAAAUGUGUGCUUUCUCUU